AUAGCCUGGUGACGUAAGACUGGACGACACCUUACACGGGGCUGAGCAGAUGAACCGAGGAGGGCAACUGGUCAAGUUAGACCCGAGAGUAUGGGCACUGGCAGAGACGCAUUCACAGUCGUUCACAGUAGGAGAUCGAGUGUACGGAUGUAUGCGGUUUGGUGCUUGCGCCUCGUACGUAAAUGUGCCGGCACACCAGAUCAGAAAAAUGCCAAACAACUGGAAUUUCUCCCAAGGAGCCGCAUUUACUGCUCAAACACUUACGAGCUACUAUGCGCUUAAAGAACUCGGGAAUAUUAGAAGCGGAAAAGUUGUUUUUAUCCAUUCUCUCGCAGGUGGUUGUGGAAUGCAAGCAUUAAAGAUCUGUGAGAAACUGGGCGCAUCUGUGAUUGGCACAGUUGGUCGACCAGAGAAAGUUUUAAAACUCCUGGAAAGGUUCCCACAUCUAUCCAUAGAACAAAUUAUAGUUAGAACGACCGCGAAGGAAUUGGGCGGGCAAAUCGACACAGCUUUAGGAUAUCUCCAGCACAAGGCAUCGAUUGUUUCGCACUCGGGAAUUGAUAUCGUCAUGGAUGCGGUAUUGGGCGAUUGGUUUCAGCCCGUAUACGACAGAUUAAGGCCUGGUGGAAGGUAUAUCGUCUAUGGUGCUGCUGAUAUGACCCCAAACUCUAACAAACUAGGAUGGAACGAGUGGUUACGAUUAGGUUACCAAUGGCUGCUUCGACCCAAGUUAGAUCUACUUGAGGUGCCCAGCAAGAAUGUAGGUGUCAUGGGCUUCAACUUGAUCCACCUACUAAAUGAUGCCGAGCUUCUAUUGCUUUUAAUGGAGGAGAUGGAGGCGCUCAGUCUUGAGCCUCCUCAUGUGGGCCACGAGUUCGAAUUCAGUGAACUUGUGCCCGCAUUGAGUUUAUUCAGAAGCGGUAAGACCACAGGCAAAGUUGUCCUGAAGGUGUGACUUAAAAUUUUGGAUUUUGGUCUCGAGACAGAAUACAAAUUAGACAUCUUCGAAUAUUUAUACAAUCAACUUAAUACUUCCACGGAAUAAUUUAACUAUCCUAAAGCGUUUCGUUUUGCUAUUGUUGUUUGUGUAUUAUAUAUAUAUAUAUAUAGUAGUAUCACUUUUUAAGGUGUUAUCAUAUAUGGUAUACUUAUUUUAAAGAUCUGCCAGGCAUUCACAGAGAAAUAAUGAAGUCUUCCACCGGCAACGAAUAGGUACUGCAUAUCGCAUAGUAUACAAACAUUACAACACUCGUAUCGUAUAUAUAUAUCACUAUAUACCCCUUCCUGGUUUGUGAAUACCCCAGUAUGAACUCUCUAUGUAGUUAGAGAGAUGAGGUCAUGAGGAUAUACGACACUUUUUGACGAUGUGUUCUCCCUCCAACGAACCGCUUGUGAGCUGCCGCUGACGACUGGCGAACACUGCUCAAACAAGGUCGCAAAUCACCCUCUAAAAUGCGCGUAUAUCGGAUCUACAUUCGUCUGCGGUCGAGUGACGAUUGUCGACAUAGCAAUCUUGGAAAACAUAUAUUUAGGCUUUUAAAUAUUUUUAUAAAAAGAACAGUG